GUUUUAUCGACGACACCAUUAAGAUGAGGCCUUCGUUUUCUGCCAUACAUUUAAAGAUAGAAAGCACAAAAGCCAUUAAGAGCUCUCUUUCUUUACCAUUUUCUCACAUUACUUUGAGAAAACAAGAAAGACAUGGCACUGAGAAUGUGGGCUUCUUCCACAGCAAACGCUCUCAAGCUCUCUUCUUCUGCAUCCAGAUCCCAUCUCCUUCCAGCUUUCUCCAUCUCCAGAUGCUUCUCCUCAGUGUUGGAAGGACUCAAGUAUGCAAACUCACAUGAGUGGGUCAAACAUGAAGGCUCAGUGGCUACUAUUGGCAUCAGUGACCAUGCCCAGGACCAUUUAGGAGAAGUUGUGUUUGUGGAGCUGCCAGAAGAGAAAAGUUCAGUGAGCAAAGAAAAAAACUUUGGAGCAGUGGAGAGUGUAAAGGCCACAAGUGAGAUUAUAUCUCCAAUCUCUGGUGAAGUCAUUGAGGUUAACACAAAGCUUGCCGAUUCACCUGGUUUGAUCAACUCAAGCCCUUAUGAAGAAGGUUGGAUGAUAAAGGUGAAACCAAGCAACCCGGCUGAGUUGGAAUCCUUGAUGGGUCCAAAGGAAUACACCAAGUUCUGCGAAGAUGAAGACGCUGCUCACUAGAGGAAUUCAGAGCAACACAAGAAAGAUCAUGCCUAAAGUUUCCGUCUGUUUCACUUGUCAAUGUUUCUUUACAUCUAUCUCAGCUUGUAUCAGGGGUGAUACUAAUGAUCAAGAGAAAUUUGAUUUAUUUUCGGUCA